GAGCGAGUACCAGACGCGAGCCGACAUCGAGUCAGUAAGGAACCGCUCUAAGAGAUUCGGAAAUGAAGCCGGCUCCAAUCGUCCUAAUCCUGGCGUGCGGCUUCGCCGCUGCCUCUGACGUUCCAAAUGCUUGUUCCGAAGAUCUGACUCAAAAUCUAGUGAAUGAUCCUGUUUUCAAACAAUGCGAUGGGAUGCUCGUCAACUACUUCAUCCAACACCAUGGCCUGACCCGUGACAACAUCCGCUACGUGACUGGCAAGACCACGGCUUCGUCGACGGGCUCCCAAAUUCUAUCUGAAGAUAAGAAAUCCGGGAAAUGCGUUGUCGCCGUUGUUGAAAGCGUUCCACGGAGCCCUCCCAGAAUCAGUUCCCUAUGCACCGUGCCGCUGCCGUGCCCGGGGAGCUCUGCGUACACUGAAUGCUGAGCAUCUCGAACGGAGCCGUUCCUGAGCUUUUCCCGAGAAAUCAUUCCCGUCAUCAUGGUGGUGGAGACAGGACCAUUGAUAGUGAGCCUCAAAACGGUGGUUGAGACACUUCGCCCCCUGAGGAGCAAGCAUGACCUCACCGGACCGUCGAAUAGCCCGUAGAUUUUCUCAUCGGAGAUUAGGAUCACUUGACGUUUGGAAUAAUUACGAGAAAACAAUACGGAAUGGCCUCUUGGA